AAAAGGGGGAAAUAUUUAGUUAUUAUAAUUCGAAAGAAUGGAGCAAAAGUUUUAUUCCCCUAUUCUAUAUGGCUUUCUAAAUACUCGAGGCAGACAGCUUUUACCAAAAUUUGUUUUUUCAUAAGCUACGCAGAGGGUUUGACCUAUUUUAUUAAUUAUUUUUUUUGUUACAAAGAGCGAGUCGCACGAUUGCGUGUGUGUCGUUGCCAUUCAUUGAAAAAAGCCCUUGAGCUACCGGGUUGAAAAAAAAACGUUUAGAUUGACAGCUCGGGUCAUAAAGAUAAUAAUAUGCAUUAGGGAUAUCGAUAGUCAGUUUCAUACGUUCAAAAAGCAUUCGUGGCCUGUUUGUUUGAAAUGGCCAUUAGACGGGUAAGUACUUGGUCUAAUUGCUCUAUUAAGUUUAGAAUCACAAUAGACAAGUUGUUUUGUUUUUUUUUGGUGAGUUUUUUGUUUGUUUUUUUUAAAAUUAAAAUAUUAGUUAAGAUAACAUAAUUUAAUUAAUUGGACAACAGAACGAUAUAUUACUAAUAUUAGUAUUAUAACAAUGAUGUUAUUUUUGUCUGCUGAUAGCAGAUGUCAAUUCGUCUUCAUUACAGAUGUUAAGUUGUGUACCUUUCCAUUGUGUCAUGUUAAGUUGUGUACCUACAUUGUGUCAAUUCUUCAUUACAGAUGUUAAGUUGUGUAACUAAAUUGUGUAAAUUCGUCUUCCUUACAGUUACAGAUCUUAAGUUGUGUACUUAACUUACAUUGUGUUGAUUCGUCUCUUAAAGUAUGUAAAUUCGUGUGUUUUUACAAAAUAGUGGGUUCAAAAAUAAAUUUUAGGAAAUUUUGAUCGUGUGAGCGUUGAUAUAUGCUUACACUUCUGGGAUUAAUGAUCUGGACUAGUCUCAUACAUUUACACAGAAAAGAGGAAGUAUAUAUGACAUAUAAAAUAGGUCUAAUAUGAUCAGAGUCGGACGGGGGGGGGGGUAAUUUGGCACCGCAUCCAUAUAAAUAAGUGAUUAUAUAUAUAUAUAUAUAUAUAUAUAUAUAUNUAUAUAUAUAUAUAUAUAUAUAUAUAUAUAUAUAUAUAUAUAUGAAUUUUAGAAAAUUUUUAUCAUGAUUGCCAUUCUAGGAUUGGCCUAGUGAGCCACCCGUCAAAGUGUAGGACUGUAUAGCUACUCCAUCGUCUCACGAAGACGGAAGGAUGCCAUAUAUAUAUAAUAUAUUAUUUAUGUAUGUGUGGAACGGCUGAUAUACGCCAAGGUCCGCUAGACAAAAGUCUGAUAGAUCAUAAGACUGAUAGACAAAAGUCUGAUAGACCAUAAGGCUGAUAGACAUGAUAUACCAUAAGGCUGCUAGACAAAAGUCUGAUAGACCAUAAGGCUGAUAGACAAAAGUAUGAUAGAUCAUAAGACUGAUAGACAUGAUAUACCAUAAGGCUGCUAGACAAAAGUCUGAUAGACCAUAGGGCUGAUAGACAAAAGUCUGAUAGACCAUAAGGCUAAUAGACACAAGUCUGAUAGACCAUAAGGCUGCUAGACAAAAGUCUGAUAGACCAUAAGGCUGCUAGACACAAGUCUGAUAGACCAUAAGGCUGAUAGACCUGAUAUACCAUAAGGCUGCUAGACAAAAGUCUGAUAGACCAUAAGGCUGAUAGACCUGAUAUACCAUAAGGCUGCUAGACAAAAGUCUGAUAUACCAUAAGGCUGAUAGCCAAAAGUCUGAUAGACCAUAAGGCUGAUAGACCUGAUAUACCAUAAGGCUGCUAGACAAAAGUCUGAUAGACCAUAAGGCUGAUAGACCUGAUAUACCAUAAGGCUGCUAGACAAAAGUCUGAUAUACCAUAAGGCUGAUAGCCAAAAGUCUGAUAGACCAUAAGGCUGAUAGACCUGAUAUACCAUAAGGCUGCUAGACAAAAGUCUGAUAUACCAUAAGGCUGAUAGACCUGAUAUACCAUAAGGCUGCUAGACAAAAGUCUGAUAGACCAUAAGGCUGAUAGACCUGAUAUACCAUAUGGCUGCUAGACAAAAGUCUGAUAGACCAUAAGGCUGAUAGACCUGAUAUACCAUAAGGCUGCUAGACAAAAGUCUGAUAUACCAUAAGGCUGAUAGACAAAUAUUUCUGAUAGAUCAUAUAGGCUGAUAAACCAUUACCCUGGUUCACUUGACCAUUAGUCAUCAUUAGGCUGGUUGACCAUUAGGCUGGUUGACUUGACCAUUAGUCAUCAUGAGGCUGGUUGACCAUAUGGCUGGUUGACCUGACCAUUAUUCAUCAUUAGGCUGGUUGACCAUUUGGCUGGUUGACUUGACCAUUAUUCAUCAUUAGGCUGGUUGACCAUUUGGCUGGUUGACUUGACCAUUAGUCAUCAUUGGACUUAUUGACCAUUAGGCUGACAGUUCUCAAGGUAGAUCGAGCAUGAGGCUGACAGAGCAACUGGCAGAUAGAACAAAAGGCUGAUAGGCUCAUAGACCGUGAUGCUAAUAGACCAUACAGCUGAAAGACCAUUAGGCUGGUAGACCAAAAAGGCUGAUAAAGCUGACGAGGCUGCUGCCUGGGGCCGCUAGUAGUUUGGGCGUUAUGGGCUUAAAUAUACAGUUUAAAACCAAACAAUAUAAUUCUCUAGAUAUGCAUUAAAUGGCUACCAAACAAUAUAAUUCUCUAGAUAUGCAUUAAAUGGCUACCAAACAAUAUAAUUAUAUAGGUAUGUAUUGUAUGGCUACAAAACAAUAUAAUUCUCUAGAUAUGCAUUGAAUGGCUACCAAACAAUAUAAUUCUCUAGAUAUGCAUUAAAUGGCUACCAAACAAUAUAAUUAUAUAGGUAUGUAUUGUAUGGCUACCAAACAAUAUAAUUCUCUAGGUAUGUAAUGUAUGGCUACAAAACAAUAUUAUUCUCUAGGUAUGUAUUGUAUGGCUACCAAACAAUAUAAUUCUCUAGGUAUGUAUUGUAUGGCUACCAAACAAUAUAAUUCUCUAGGUAUGUAUUGUUUGGAUAUCAAACAAUAUAAUUCUCUAGGUAUGCAUUGAAUGGCUACCAAACAAUAUAAUUCUCUAGAUAUGCAUUAAAUGGCUACCAAACAAUAUAAUUCUAUAGGUAUGUAUUGUAUGGCUACCAAACAAUAUAAUUCUCUAGGUAUGUAUUGUAUGGCUACCAAACAAUAUAAUUCUCUAGGUAUGUAUUGUAUGGCUACCAAACAAUAUAAUUCUCUAGGUAUGUAUUGUAUGUCAGGAAUGAUGUGGUUGUAGUGUUGACGCGCAAAGUAAAGUACGUUUCUUGUAUGCAUGAUGUGUCCCUACACUUUAGCAGACGGGAAGUUCACGCAUUGCCGCCGCCAUUGUUCGGCGUGUCUCUUCCGGUGUUCUUACUCUUUUGUUAAAAAUGUUAUCAUUGAAUGACACGACUUUCUUAUAGUCAGUGGGUCCUUCGCAAGAAUUGAUGUUUGGUUUUUAAAAAACUCACCUUUCUUAUCCGACAUCUUCUUGGUGGAUAUUUUAAAAACUUUGAGUCCUCUUGCUGAAUAUGAACAAAUACCCCCCCCCCCCCCCCCCCCCCCCGGAUUCAAAACAAAAAAAAUUCGGUUGGGGGGGGGGGGGCGGUCGGGUGUCGGCCGUUAAGCAGCAAUCAGAUUUGAAUAUCUGAGGAUCUCUUACUUGCUAUAAAAGUUCACUUUACGACCUGACUUGCCACCGACUUGAUGUACCACCGACUUGAUGUACCACCGACUUGACGUACCACCGACUUGAUGUAUCACCGACUUGACGUACCACCGACUUGAUGUACCACCGACUUGAUGUACCACCGACUUGAUGUACCACCGACUUGAUGUAUCACCGACUUGAUGUACCACCGACUUGAUGUAUCACCGACUUGAUGUACCACCGACUUGAUGUAUCACCGACUUGAUGUACCACCGACUUGAUGUAUCACCGACUUGAUGUACCACCGACUUGAUGUAUCACCGACUUGAUGUACCACCGACUUGAUGUAUCACCGACUUGAUGUACCACCGACUUGAUGUAUCACCGACUUGAUGUACCACCGACUUGAUGUAUCACCGACUUGAUGUACCACCGACUUGAUGUAUCACCGACUUGAUGUACCACCGACUUGAUGUAUCACCGACUUGAUGUACCACCGACUUGAUGUAUCACCGACUUGAUGUACCACCGACUUGAUGUAUCACCGACUUGAUGUACCACCGACUUGAUGUAUCACCGACUUGAUGUACCACCGACUUGAUGUAUCACCGACUUGAUGUACCACCGACUUGAUGUAUCACCGACUUGAUGUACCACCGACUUGAUGUAUCACCGACUUGAUGUACCACCGACUUGAUGUAUCACCGACUUGAUGUACCACCGACUUGAUGUAUCACCGACUUGAUGUAUCACCGACUUGAUGUAUCACCGACUUGAUGUACCACCGACUUGAUGUAUCACCGACUUGAUGUACCACCGACUUGAUGUAUCACCGACUUGAUGUACCACCGACUUGAUGUAUCACCGACUUGAUGUAUCACCGACUUGAUGUACCACCGACUUGACGUACCACCGACUUGAUGUAUCACCGACUUGACGUACCACCGACUUGAUGUAUCACCGACUUGAUGUACCACCGACUUGACGUACCACCGACUUGAACUAUAUAGGAGGUCACUUUAUAACCUAACUAUACAGGCGGCCACUUUAUAACCUAACUAUAUAGGCGGCCACUUUAUACCCUUAAUAUAUACUCGGCCACUUUAUAACCUAACUAUAUAGGCGGCCACUUUAUACCCUUACUAUAUGGGUGGCCACUUUAUAUCCUUUCUUUAUAGGCGGCCACUUUAUAACCUUAAUAUAUAGGCGGCCACUUUAUACCCUUAAUAUAUACUCGGCCACUUUAUAACCUAACUAUAUAGGCGGCCACUUUAUACCCUUACUAUAUGGGUGGCCACUUUAUAUCCGUUCUUUAUAGGCGGUCACUUUAUAACCUUAAUAUAUAGGCGGCCACUUUAUAACCUUACUAUAUAGGCGGCCACUUUAUAACCUUACUAUAUAGGCGGCCACUUUAUAACCUUUCUAUAUAGGCGGCCACUUUAUAACCUUAAUAUAUAAGUGGCCACUUUAUACCCUUACUGUAUAGGCGGCCACUUUAUAACCUUAAUAUAUAAGUGGCCACUUUAUACCCUUACUAUAUGGGUGGCCACUUUAUAUCCUUUCUAUAUAGGCGGCCACUUUAUAACCUUAAUAUAUAAGUGGCCACUUUAUACCCUUACUAUAAAGGCGGCCACUUUAUAAUCUUAAUAUAUAGGCGGCCACUUUAUAACCUUAAUAUAUAGGCGGCCAUUUUAUACUUUUAAUAUAAAGGCGGCAACUUUAUAACCUUAAUAUAUAAGUGACCACUUUAUACCCUUACUAUAUGGGCGGCCAAUUUAUACCCUUAUUAUAUAGGCGGCCACUUUAUACCCUUACUGUAUAGGCGGUCACUUUAUUAUAUGAUUCUUUAAGUUGGGUAUACUUUAUUUUCAAAUGCACUAGAACACAAUAAGAGUACACGUGCUUUGUAGUCUGUCAAACACAGUUGGUACAUCUGUCUGGUAUUGUGUAUAACUACACUGUUUAAUCUACCAAAUACAUUGUCGGUACAGCUGUCCUGUACAUUGUUUAUGGUACAACUAUCUGGCUUCCACGAUUGACCAUAAGUUAAGUACUUUUGGUGCCCUUUUCGAUUCGGGGUAUUUGGGCACGUUGUACAACACGCCCUUGGCAGAAUCCGGGUCACGCCUCCCCUCUUAAACACUUACACACAUGUGUGUCUUAACCCCAACCGCUGUUGACCAGCUGUUGUUGGACUCGCCCCUGAGAAAGCCGCUCCUAGGCGACCGUUUCGUCCCAGCUUUCGUCCCGACGGGACGACUGCCUGGACGGCGAAGGGGGUGGGGGAAGGUAACGCAACACCUUUUCCCCGGAGUGGAAGCUAAGCUGUUCCGAGCCGUGGAGAGUGGACCGCGAACGCUUUAAACGCAGCGUUUUUGGUCGACCGGACGUCCCCCAGGCCAGGGGAUGGCGAGGUCCCCGACGUGCUUCCGCGCGGUCUGGCGCUUGGGUGCCCCUGACCAUGUGGGGGUGUGCCGAGGGGGGGGGGGGGGGAGUAUUAAGAGCUGGCGCGCGACGACCCACCGAUGCCAUUUCCAAACGUGACGUUGUGGGACUAUAAGGUGUGUAACCAUGCAGCGUCAUUCAAUAAUAAAAGUUCAUUUGAUGUUUAACUACCCAGCAGACCUAUUUAAUAAUAUACGUUCAUUGGUGUGUAACCACGCAGACCUAUUUAAUAAUUAAAGUUCAUUCGAUGUGUAACCACGCAGACCUAUUUAAUAAUAUAAGUUUUUUUGAUGUGCGACAACUAUUGAUUGUGCUGAAUGAGAUACAUCCUGUUUGAUACAUGUGUUCUGUGUGCACGCUUAUCCGGAAAUUUGUUUAAACGAAAUUUCGUCGACGGAAUAUCGAUCGUUGGAAGUUUGGUUGAACGGAAAUUUGAUCACAUUUUAUUUUCAUUUCACACGAUCAAGUGUUGCUUUAAAUUUCUAUUUGAACGCAUUAUUUUGGUUUACUAUAAAGUAUAGUGUGUUCAAAAAGAAAUUUGACCACACCAACUUCUCUCUCCCAAUGACACCACUUCUCUCUCCCAAUGACACCAUUUAUCUCUCCUAAUGACACCACUUCUCUCUCCCAAUGACACCACUUCUCUCUCCCAAUGACACCAUUUAUCUCUCCUAAUGACACAACUUCUCUCUCCCAAUGACACCACUUCUCUCUCCUAAUGACACCACUUCUCUAUCCCAAUGACACCACUUCUCUCUCCUAAUGACACCACUUCUCUCUCCCAAUGACACCACUUCUCUCUCCUAAUGAACCACUUCUCUCUCCCAAUGACACCACUUCUCUCUCCCAAUGACACCACUUCUCUCUCCCAAUGACACCACUUCUCUAUCUCAAUGACACCACUUCUCUCUCCCAAUGUCACCACUUCUCUAUCCUAAUGACACCACGCCACUAGUUGCAGACUAGAGAGUAUUUUUAAUUAAAUAUUCUUGUUUCGCAAAUAAGUUCAUAUUAUAUAACUGAAGUGAACAAUAAAGUAUACAUGAAUUUCAGGAAUUUCAUACGUUCAAUUUGCUUAUUCACUUAUAUAUAUAUAUAUAUAUAUAUAUAUAUAUUUCUAGAAAUGCCUACAAGUCUAUUGGCUGUUGAUCCUUACUCGCGCCAUUGGCUGUUGAUCCGUACACGAGCCUGUCGUUUUCAUUUCCGGUCACAUCUUGUGACUUACUAACUCAAUUUCAUCUCCGGAGAUUUCUUUCCCCUGACACCCACUGACAGACGAUAACCGAAACAAUACCAUUUCCGUUUCACAAUCCCCAUAUAUCUGACCAAGAUUGAAAACAAUCCCUGUAGCAGCAGGGACUAGGUCUUUAUUUGGGUCAAUGUAGAGCAGUGGUUCUCAAACUUCCUAAAGCCGCGACCCUUUAAAACAGUUCCUCGUGUUUUGGUGAUCCCCCAAACCAUAAAAUUAUUUUAGUCACUACUUCAUAAACAUUUGUUUUCCUAUGGUCUUAGGCGACCCCCGUGUAAGGGUCGUUCGACCCGCCUCCCCCAAAGGGGUCACCACCCACAUAUUGAGAACCGCUGAUGUGGAGCAAAGUUGGAUCACUUGGACAUGGGGAUUCGUGUUACCCAUGGACAUAUGGGGAUGUGCAUAUGUACAUAUGGUGAUGGGUUGCACAUGAACAGAUGUUGAUGGGUUGCACAUGAACAGAUGGUGAUGGGCUUCACAUGGACAGAUGGUGAUGGGUUGCACAUGAACAUAUGGUGAUGGGUUGCACAUGAACAUAUUUUGAUGGGUUGCACAUGAACAGAUGGUGAUGGAUUGCACAUAAACAGAUGGUGAUGGGUUGCACAUGAACAGAUGGUGAUAGGUUGCACAUGAAAAGAUGUUGAUGGGUUGCACAUGAACAGAUGGUGAUGGGUUGCACAUGAACACAUGGUGUUGGGUUGCACAUGAACAGAUGGUGAUGGGUUGCACAUGAACACAUGGUGAUGGGUUGCACAUGAACAGAUGGUGAUGGGUUGCACAUGGACAGAUGGUGAUGGUUGCACAUGGACAGAUGGUGAUGGGCUGCACAUGAACAGAUGGUGAUGGGUUGCACAUGGACAGAUGGUGAUGGGUUGCACAUGAACAGAUGGUGAUGGGUUGCACAUGAACACAUGGUGAUGGGUUGCACAUGAACAGAUGGUGAUGGGUUGCACAUGAACAGAUGGGGAUGGGUUGCACAUGAACAGAUGGUGAUGGGUUGCACAUGAACAUAUGAUCAGAUGGUGCUGGGUUGCACAUGAACAGAUGGUGAUGGGUUGCACAUGAACAGAUGGUGAUGGGUUGCACAUGAACAGAUGGUGAUGGGUUGCACAUGAACAGAUGGUGAUGGGUUGCACAUGAACAGAUGGUGAUGGGUUGCACAUGAACACAUGGUGAUGGGUUGCACAUGGACAGAUGGUGAUGGGUUUCACAUGAACAGAUGGGGAUGGGUUGCACAUGAACAGAUGGUGAUGGGUUGCACAUGAACACAUGGUGAUGGGUUGCACAUGGACAUUUGACAUUCUGCCCCUCCUGAAAUGUCUUCGGUUACGAAACGUCUCAAUGUUAGAGUUGUUAAAGAAAAUGUCCCCACCUAGUGACGUACCUGGGGGGGGGCAGUUUAAAGAGGGAGGGAUUGGGGGGAGGGUGCCAAGUGGUCGCUGUGCAUGAAAGGAAAAGAUGUUUGUUGUUAUAUAUAUUUAUUUAAUUAUUAAUAUAUAGAUAUAUAUAUAGAUAUAUAUAUUCAGUGGCGUAGCGAGGGUGUUUGGCGCCCGGGGACAAGAUUCGCGCCCGGGGACAAGAUCCAUUUUAAAGCGCCCCCUUUUCUUUUCUUUAACUCUCAAACCCAUUAUUUUUACCAAUAAAAUAAUAUCAAAUCUCAUUUUGGCGCCCCUAACUAGCUUGCGCCCGGGGACAUCUGUCCCCCCUGCCCCCCAUCGCUACGCCUCUGUAUAUAUUUAUAUACCUAUUUGAGUUUUCUGAGCCGCUAAAUUCGAUUUUGUUAAUUCUAUGGCGACUUCUUAAUACGUACUUCCGUUUCCCCGUGGUAAGCUUUUUUUUUUUUGUCUUUUUUUUUUUUUUUCCCCUAGUUUUUGUUCCGCUACAGAGGCAGAGAAAACUUCACUGUCGUUUGAAAAUGUUGACGUUGUAGCUUUGUUAGAGAUUACGGUAUUGAUAUUGCAUUCGACAAACUGUGUUGAUUGGUUGUAUUAGAAUAAGACAAAAUAGUUUUUUUUAACAUUUCGAUUAAAUAUUUAAAAACAAUUUUUUAAAAAUAUUUUUUAAAGAAAGCAAAAACCCACACAGACGUGUUUCACUCACAGCCCAUCAAAACCCUAAGAGGCUUUGAACCCACAACCCCGGUUGAACCCCAACCCCUUUUGAACCCACAAUCCCUGAAUUUAUGGCCUUGAACUUGUUAUAUGUGGUUGGCAACUAUAGGGUUUGUCAUUUAAAUGGCUGGAAUCUAUUAAUAGAACAUCUAGAGGGAGAAGAAAAAAAAGAGUCGGGGUGGGGGGUACAGUCAGGCCAAUCUCAUUAAGAUAGUAAUAACACGUCCUGGUGGUCCGUUUGGCCAGUCUCCCAGUAGCUGUCCGGUACUUCUACGUCACUGUAAACCUUAACCUGGGCGGACACAUGGUAACGGCUUUAUGUUACGAAAGAUUUGACACAAAAAUGGUUACUGCUAUAUGUAUGUGGACAUACAUUGCAUUAGAAACCGUGUCUUACGAAACCAUUGUCUAAAAAUAGCAACAUUGCGCAAUUCGACAUGACGUUUUCCGAUCUUGUAAAUCACAAACCCUAUUAUUAUUAUAAUAAUAAUUGAUUUUUUUUUUUUAAAUGCAUUUAAAUGACCUAAGGUACGCGGAUAUCCAAGAUUUUUUGUGGACCCUUUAAGUCUGUCGACCCACUGGACACUAAGAAUCCUGAUAGGUCUGCGGACACACUGGACACUAUGAACCCUGAUAGGUCAGGGAUACUACGAACCUUGAUAGGUCUGCGGAUACACUGGAUAAUACGAAAUCUGAUGGGUCUGCGGACACACCGGAUAAUACGAAAUCUGAUGGGUCUGCGGACACACUGGAUAAUACGAAAUCUGAUGGGUCUGCGGACACACUGGAUAAUACGAAAUCUGAUGGGUUUGUGGACACACUGAACACCAAGACUUGUGUAUUGUCCUACUCAACGAAGUAUUUCUAAAAUAACACAACUAUCUUUUAGUCAUCUCAUAUUUCAACCAGUUUUCCCUAUUUAGCGCUACUAGGUCCUUGUUUAUUUGAUUUUUUUUGUCAAGAGGAUGACCAAACAGACUCUUGGGUAACUAACGUGACGUUCUUUUAUUUCACAGGUAUUGUCACAGGAGCUGUCACAGGAGCUGUCACAGGAGCUGUCACAGGAGCUGUCACAGGAGCUGUCACAGGAGCUGUCACAGGAGCUGUCACAAGCAUUGUAGGAAUGAUCGCCGCCGACGAAGAAAUGAAAUUUGUGGCCAACGUCUCUCAACAUUAAUUGAUCAAUUGACCUAGAGUUGAAUAUUCUGGGCCUAAAGUUUCACAUACAAAACAAAAAAAAAUUGAAAAGCCAGGAGUGGAUUUUCUCGGUGGGAAAAGCAACAUUUUUAGAUAACGGAUCCACCGACACGGCGAUAUAAAGCUGGGAAUAGACAAGGCAAAUGUGAGCUACAGCCCCUGACAUUUGAGCUACAGCCCAUGACUUUUGAGCUACAGCUCCGACAUUUGAGCUACAGCCCCGACAUUUGAGCUACAGCCCUGACAUUUGAGUUACAGCCCCUGACAUUUGAGCUACAGCCCUGACAUUUGAGCUACAGCCCUAAUAUUUGAGCUAUAGCCCCUUACAUUUGAGCUACAGCCCUGAAAUUUGAGCUACAGCCCCUGACAUUUGAGCUACAGCCCUGAUAUUUGAGCUACAGCCCCUGACAUUUGAGCUACAGCCCCUGACAUUUGAGCUACAGCCCUGACAUUUGAGCUACAGUCCCUGACAUUUGAGCUACAGCCCCUGACAUUUGAGCUACAGCCCCUGACAUUUCAUACCAUCGAUGGCGCCGUUCGUCGUCACGCAGUACGACCUCCUGGUGAUUGCCCUGGCCGCCCACAGCUGCGUGCUCAUCCACCUCAUCUUGGCCAGGCUGGUGGACUGCGCAGUGACCGCGGCCAGUUUCAGGUGCUCUUUGGUUCAAACAUUAGCAGAUCUGCAUGGGAGGAGACCGAACCUUCUAGCGAGAGUGUAAGUAAAACAAAAUAAAAAAAUAAUAAUAAAUAAAUUAAAACAACGCAGAUAAUUAUGAGAUUUUGGCUGCCUUGAGUCUGUGUUUGAAGGAGGCAGUGGUGUGUUGCCAAUCAAGCGCCCCGAGGAGGCAGUGGUGUGUUGCCAAUCAAGCGCCCCGAGGAGGCAGUGGUGUGUUGCCAAUCAAGCGCCCCGAGGAGGCAGUGGUGUGUCGCCAAUCAAUGUGGUGUGUUGCCAAGGAGGCGCCGGAGGAGGCAGUGGUGUGUUGCCAAUCAGGCGCCCGAGGAGGCAGUGGUGUGUUGCCAAUCAAGCGCCCGAGGAGGCAGUGGUGUGUUGCCAAUCAAGCGCCCGAGGAGGCAGUGGUGUGUUGCCAAUCAAGCGCCGAUUCGAUAAUGGUCGGUUAUAGCAUAGAAAAAAAAAAACGCAAAUGUGUUUUGUAUAUUUUUAUAUUAUUUUGACAUUUAAAAAAAACAAAAAACGGUUCUUUAGAAGUGUCAAACUUUAAAAAACCAGUUCACCCUAACCAGUCUGAACCACCCUAACCAGGCUGAACCAACUCCAGUACACCGCUGUGUGAAGGUGAAUGUUAUAAAUAGUUACGUCAACUUAGUUAAGUUAUUAAAAAAAAAAAAAGUUCAAAAGCUCUUUUUGAAAAAAAUUUGAGACGUAAUCAUGCAAACAAAGCAGCACACAUGCAUCUCGGAUGUUCAAGAGGAGCGGUGAAUCUCUUAUCUGUAUCUUGCUUGUGGUGUGACUGCUUCCAUUUUCGGAUCGCACUCAAAAUAUAAUUCCCCAUAACGUUAAAUGAUUAUUUUUUUUUUAAUAACGCAACUGCGUUUGGUGCGUAAUAUUUUCUUUUCGGAAAAUGAACUCGUCUCAAUUGAAAGAUGGUGUAGUAAAUAUUCGGUUUAAAAGUUGUUUGGACAUCAGAAUAUUAAUAUAGUUCUUUGGCGUGAAAUAAAAAGUGUGCAGUGGUGUAUUAUUGGGGUGGGUGGAGGGGAGGGUGUAGCAAAAAUUGGGAUUCUUAAAUGUGCGUUAGUUGAGUUCAUGUUUUGUCAAGUAACUUCUUCUUCUUCUUUAUUUUGAGGGCCCUCGAUCAAUGAAUUGAUCAUUCUGGCUCCUAUGUUUCAGAGGGGUUCGCAAUGUUACUGUCCAUGGGUUUCAAUGGGAUACUUCACUGGUUGCAAGGGCUACUCAGCAGUGGUAUUACGAACUGGGGGUUGGAAUACAGGAGGCAUUAGACACAAAUGUGUCGAGUGAGUGUAGCAGCCUCAACUGUUGCUUUUGGAAGCUUGUUCCAGUCCCCUAUUGUCUUCGGCAGGAAUGAGGAGCUCCUGUACUUUGUUCUUGUUUUUACCAGCCGGAACUGCCUGUCGUGGCCUCGUCGCUGUCUAUGGGGAAGAUGAACGAGUUUCUGUUUGAUGCCGGAGCAUUGGACCAGCCCAUUUUUUUAUCUUGCACAACAUGGUGAGCCUGGAUAGUCGUCGUCGUUCUUCCAACGGUGACCAGCCCAGUGUUUCUAGCAUGCUGCCAACACUUGAGGUGUUUCUGUAGCGGUUCAGGACAAAGCGUGCUGCCCCGUCGCUGGACCGCCUCCAACCGGUCGAUGCUUUUCUGGGUAAACUUGAGUAGAUGGGAAGUUCACGCUGUGCCGUAGCCAAUGCUUGACGAGCAACAACUAGUACUUAUAUUUACCAGCUAAUAGCCUGGAUAAUAAAUGAAGGACUGUGUUCAAGCCGUGUGAAGGAAAACGUAGAACAAGGUAUGUGGACGCUUGAAAUAUCAAGACAGGACAACAAAAGUAGAACGUUUCGGCUAAGAGCCGUCCUCGGCAGACAGGACAAAUGAAUAAACAAGAAAUAGAAAGUAGUUCAAAAACGUAAGUGUUACUCCGCCAUUAAUGUUAUUGCCGGAAGUUGGGUUUUCGAAAACCAAAUUACAGGAAGUAUAAGAAAAAAAAUAAGAUCAUUACUUUGAAAAUAAGAUUUUUGCGGACAUAUAUUUUGGGGAAAUCUGCAAUAAAGUAAUGCAAAAUUUAGCAUUCCUUUAGCUGAACAAGCUUCAAAAUGUAAAUGUAUCUUGAAACUAACUUAUGGUAUAUCUAAUGAUCACUAUUUAAGUCUUUAUUGUCACGGAAGGAGUUCAUUUGUGGCUGAUUUCUACGCUAGUGAAUUACUUCAGAUGUCUUGUGUUUAAAUUGUAAGCGCCGGUUGUAAUGAGUGCUCAAAAUCAGUACGUACAAUGUAAUCAAAACAUUUCGCAGGAAUAAAUUUCCAUUCUGAUUCCAUCAAGAUAUAAAUCAAGUUCUUCAAGAUCAUACUAUUCUCAUUUAGAAAAAACUUGACACAUUUUCAGAACGGUUCAAACCAGCGUUCAGAGAACGGAACUGAAAGAACUCGAAAAUCAGACUUGAAUUCUUAAUCAUGUUGAUGAUUACACAGUAGUUGUCCUGAUCACAUAUUUAUUAUUAGUUUCCCUGGUUAAAGAUUAGUUGCUCUGCUUAUGUGUUACUUUCUAAUUGCCCUGAUUACAGAUAAUGUUCCCAUAAUCCUGAAAUGAUUUUAAAAAAGCACGUGACAUCACUAAAAAUGUGAUUAUGUCUGUGAGCAGAUUGAAUCAUUCAGUUGCAUGGAAAUACAGCUGUGCCUACUCUGUGCCUGCCACUGCAAGGCACAACUACUUUUAGUGAUAGGAUCAUAGCUGGAGAUUUUAAUGCCCAUAUGGGGGAUAUGGGCUACCCUGAUACUAACGCCUCUGGGCGCUAUUUAGAGGAGGUUGAGCUCACAACCAAUCUUAUCAGACUUCAGAACGGUGACAGUGAACCCACACUGCUCCACACGGGAAAUAGUGCCCUGUCACGGCCCGACAUUACACUGGUUUCUGCUGAGCUCGAGGCAAAGACCCAGUGUGAAGUACUAGAUGAGAUUGGCAGUGACCACAAACCUACCCUCAUUACAAUCUGUCUUUCACUUAUAAGACCUAGAUUUGCUAGGAGACACUGGUUGUUUGGUAAAGCCAAGUGGUCCCUGUUCCAGGAGCGAACAGAACGCAUGAUUGCGGAGUCAACUGAGACUCCCAAUACAUCCAAAAGCAUUGACGAUGCAUACAACGACUUUGUGAGUGGUAUCCUCACUGUGGCAAAACAAACGAUCCCGAGAACAAACGGGAACCGCAAGUUCCGUCCUUUUUGGAAUAAGAAUUUGGCAAAGUUAGUCCGUGAACGAAAGAGAGCCCGGACCAAAGCCGGUAAGUUGAAGACGGUCGCUGCUCGAGCGGCUUACAAUAAACUGACGGCAGAGGUCCGGCGGGAGGUCGAUAGGGCAAAAAAGGAAAAAUGGGUUAGUUCAUGUGGAAAACUCGACCUGAAAGACGGCAAAAAGGUCUGGCGAUUGAUGGACUCAUUAUCCUGCACGGGAAAAAUCAGGAAUCUGCGACCGUUGCAAACGACGACAGGCACGGCUACCACAGAUGCCAAAAGUGCCGAUGCCUUAAACAAGCAUUUUGCAAAGAUAAACCGGAAGCAGAAAGAGACCAGAGAGAGCCAGAACCUUAACCGUCUCCGGCGAAAUGGAGAAGUGGCCCAGAAGUGGGGGCCACAUGCUGAAGUUUUCACCGCACCUUUCACUUUGGCCGAAUUGCAAACCGCCAUUAACAAGUGUGACGCCGCCAAGGCACCAGGUCAGGACAAAAUCUGCAACGAAAUGAUAAAAAACCUUGGCCCAAUAGCAAGGACAACGCUAUUGGAAAUUAUCAACAGAACAUGGGUAACGGGAAUCCUACCCAAAGCUUGGCUAAGUGCUACCAUCGUCCCUAUUCCCAAAGAAGGGAAGAAACUCGAUAAACCUGAUGGCUACAGGCCGAUCUCCCUGACAUCGAUGUUAGGGAAGGUGGCCGAGAGAAUGGUCAACCAGAGACUCUACUGGCACUUGGAGAGCACUAAGAGUCUCAGCCCAAUACAGGCGGGCUUCCGCAAGGGAAUGCAGCCAGUGGACCAAGUGCUCCGUCUUCUCCAGUCCAUAACAGAUGGGCUCCAAAAGAAAUCCCAUACAGUGGCAGUAUUUUUCGACCUCAAACAAGCCUACGACCGAGUUUGGAGGUCCGGUCUAUUGUUGAAACUGCAGGAGUUGGGAGUAACCGCGAACAUGUACAGGUGGAUCUCCGGUUUUCUCACAAACCGGACGAUAAACACGAAAUUCGGCGGUGAAACCUCCAGGAAGAGGACACUUGAGGAAGGACUCCCGCAAGGGUCUGCCCUCAGUUGCACCCUCUUCCUCGCCUACAUCAAUGACCUGCCACAGGUGCUAACGACUAGCUCUGCCAUGUAUGUGGACGAUUUGGUAAUUUGGAGCACCGGGAAGGAUGUCCACCGCCUGCAGACGCUAUUACAGCAGGACCUUUCUGCUAUCAACAGGUACAUGCGGCGGUGGCACCAGGAAAUUAACACCGAGAAGACGGUCUAUUCACUCUUCACAAAUGGGCGGACCAUUCUCAAACAGGAGAUCGAGCUCAAGGUGGGCGAUGUAGCGCUAAAGUGGGACAAACAACCGGUCUACUUGGGAGUUAAGCUGGACCAAAAGGUACAAAUGCACAAUUUUGUACAGGACCUCUGCUCCCAGGCGACCGCCAAGCUUAACCUGGUGAAAAAAUUGGCUUGCACAAGUUGGGGCGCGAACGCAAGUACGCUUAGAGCUCUCUUUCUAAGCAGUGUAAGGUCGGUGAUGGAUUACAGCAUGCCGGUCCAAUCCUUUGCAAGCAAGACCGCAUUGGAAAAACUGGGCCGAAUCCAGAAUCAGGCACUGAGAUUCAUCUGUGGCGCAUACAGGACUACUCCCACAGCUGCUGUAGAAGUCUUGGCCAAUGUAGAACCGCUACAAAUUAGGAGGGAAAAAUCCAUCUUAAAUACCGUAGAGAGGUACCGACGGCUCGGUGAAAAUGAACCAGCCUUUCAAAUGCAAAAUAACUGGGUGGGUGGCAGGAGACUAAAGAGGUCCUCUUUCAUGCACCAGGUCGUGGAGCUGGAGAGGACAGUCCCCCUGCCCCCAAAUAGAGAACGCCUGACCCAAAUCCCAGUUAAUCCGCCUUAUGCGGAACCCUCACGCCCCUCCAUACAUUUGGCCUUGACAGAUGCAGCAGUGACGAAACGAAGCCCUGAACAUGUACAGAGAGUGGCUGCCCUUGAGACCAUGGAUGUGUUCACGCACAUACCUGUGAAAGUGUUCACGGACGGCUCUGCUGACUUUAGGAAAAAAACUGCUGGGUACGGUGCGCUUAUUCAGUACCCAGUAGGUGGACCGCCCGAUGAAAAACUCUCCGGGCCUUGUGGGACUACAGCGUCAAACUUCGACGCGGAGCUUAUAGCUAUGCACAAGGCCUUGGAGAGAGUCCGUGUCACUCUGGAAGGGACGGAGCAUGCGGGGCUCGAUAUUGUCGUCUUCUCAGACUCAAGAUCCGCUCUUGAGAUCUUGGAGAAGAGACAGGGUACCACAAGCUUGGUCGACGUCAUUCACAACGACAUAUGCAGACUUGAUGAAAUAGGGUGCAAGGUUGAAAUGCAAUGGAUACCAGGGCAUGUCAACAUCAGUGGCAAUGAGAUAGCUGACACUCUGGCGAAAACCGGGGCUGCCCAGCCUCAGCCAGAAGUACCAAUGACUUUCUUGGGAGUCAAAAACUGGCUGGCGGACCACUUCAGGCAGAAGUGGUACAGGCAAUGGGCUGACAACACGACCGCCAGAGGCGUCUAUUCGAACUUGCCUACUCCUAGCAAACAAGACCCAUGGUGGGGGUUAGGUCGUAGAGUGCAGAGUUUAGUUACGCAGAUGCGCACCGAGCACUGCCCCCUGCGCACAUACUUCUGGAGGUUGGACAACAACAGACUACGUCACAUUGGAGCUGUUGGCGAGUGCGGUAGUGUUGGCCGACACCCCCCCCCCUCCGGAUUCGCAAUCAAUAAAUCAGUUAUAAGAUCGUGUUCGUUGCUAACAUUGGUAGCACAGCCCCAAUGUGUGUGUGUGUGUGUGGCUCAACUUACUAGCAGACACACACACUCACACAACCGCACACAUAUGCUCUCCGUACACACAAGAGCUACAACAAUGAUCCCUUAGUAAGUGCAUUUAAAUUCAAGUAGGACCUUUAAAAGAAUGAGAGUCCUGUCCAAUGUUCCCUCUAAGGUUUGUUGGUUCGUGUGCUAAAUCAUACAGUUGUGUGCAAAGUUUUACAGCAUCAUUUUUUUUUUGUGUGCAAAAUUUUACAGCCGACAAACACAAACACACACUUACAUGGAAAUUUGCUGCGCGGAUACUCAAAACUGCUGCGCGGCGUCUGUGAGAUAGCUGCGCGGCCGCACAGCUUAAAGGGAACAUUGGCCCUGUCCCCAAAUAACCACUACACGAUAUGGCUUUUCAUGUUUAGACCUCGCGUGCUGCCCUGUGGCUACCUUUGACUAAAGGCCUCCCUGGGCAGACUCCACAAAUUGCACCCUCUAUACUACUGUUAUACUCUGGGUAAACGUUAGGCCGGUCGCAUUUGCUGGUCCAACAAUUUGGAACGCCCUUCCUGGCGAUCUCAGAAACAACCAGACACUGGAGUCCUUUAAAACCGAUUUAAAGACACAUCUAUUUCGCAAAUACCUUCUGGGAUGAUUUGUCUACCAUAUUUUCCAGUUAAUGCAUAUUGGCUGUGUUGCUUAUGGUUCAAAUGGGUAGAAAGACUUUGACUUGUUAUGCUUGUAAUUAGUUUUUGUAGUGUUGCAUUUGUUUUAAAUGUGGUAAAUUAUAUAACUUUGUACCGCGCUUCGAGCCUUUGGGGAUGAAGCGUGUUUUAAAAAAAAAAAACUUUAUUAUUAUUAUGAACUAAUUUUGUAACGAUCUAUUUUUCCCCAUUCCUCAGGCUGACUGAACAGCUAACCCUUUGGACGCUCAUCGUCGCCAUUUUCAUAGCCUUGACCUACACGUCCGUGUCGUCACUUCCGUUUAGCCACCAGCCCAACCCGUACCCGAGUUUCCUCCUCGGCGUUAUUCUACACGCCACCGUCGCCAGACACCUGUUUGCGGCCACCCGGAUCCUACUCGUCAAAGAAACGGCGGUCACCCAGUCUGGCACCGCGUCGGUCGCGACGGCUGGUCAUUCCGGUUACCGUCACCUCGAUUUCAUCUACAACAUCUUGGUGGCGGCCUCCUGCUUGGUCAGUCUCGGCUACAAGGAAAACCUUCUCUUCGGAGUCACGAUGUCUUUCAUGGAGGUCGGCUCCACGCCCCUGGAAUGUUGCAGACUGGUCAAGCUGGCGAGAAGGAAUUCGGAAUCCUACAAGAAGCUGACCGUCGUUUGCUGCGUUGUGUGCGUGUUGUCGCGGGCGGCACUCCCGGUCUUGUUGCUGACGAUAGCGUCACUGGAAGAGUCCCCGUUCGUCAUGGACAGCGUGACGAUCGCCACGUCCGUGGCCUGCGGGUGCUACUUCGUUUUCUAUUUCUCCCUCCUCCUGUACCAGAGCAUAAGGCGCGUCAUCAAAUCCUUCAGUUACGCCCCUCGUUCCCCCGUCCCUUACUCCUACGUCUCGCCUGUGCCGUUCUCCAUCCACGAUUACCCGGAGAUGCUGUCGAACGACAUCCAGUCCGAUCACGGUAUGCUGGAUGCAGAAGUAUUGGGUAAUAGAUACAAACAUUUCAAGGGGCUUAACUAUGGAUUUCUCCGGUCCUACGACAACAGGAACUUGUACUCUUCCUUGCUCGGGAAAGAGAAAGACAAAUUGAACGUGACCAAACGGAAAGAGAAUCCAAAAUACCUUCUGCUUUACAAAAUGCCCCGUGACACGCACGAACGCACGGUUCCGGGAGAUACCAUUAGUUUGACCUCGGAGAGAAGCUCGAGCCACGUCGCUUUACUGAGUGAUACGGCAGACGAUGGCCAGGACGAGGUGGACAUCAUGGGGAGUGGCGAUAGCAAGCUUGCCGGGUGGAUGGUGGCCGGUCCAAGAAUCUGGAGAGAGGAACACGAUGACGUCAAGCGCUGUGACACGUCGGAGUCCGUGCAGACAGAUGACCAUUCGCCUCUUGCUCAGACCUGAACGUUUGAAGUUUGAAGUGGCAUUGCGCCUAAAAUGCAAAUAGAAACGGGAUCUUCCGGGCCCCUACGAGCCCCCAAAG